GCUGUCAAAACGGUUAUUACGGAUUCAAAUGCGCACAUCGAUGUCCAGUUAACUGUGGAAGUAAUGUAUGUGACAAGGCUUAUGGAGACUGUACAGGCUGUCAAAACGGUUAUUACGGAUUCAAAUGCGCACAUCGAUGUCCAGUUAACUGUGGAAGUAAUGUAUGUGACAAGGCUUAUGGAGACUGUACAGGCUGUCAAAACGGUUAUUACGGAUUCAAAUGCGCACAUCUAUGUCCAGUUAACUGUGGAAGUAAUGUAUGUGACAAGGCUUAUGGAGACUGUACAGACUGUCAAGACGGUUAUUACGGAUCCCAAUGCAGGUCUCCAUGUCCAGUUAAGUGUGGAAGUAAUGUAUGUGAGAAGGAUAAUGGAGACUGUACAG